AUGGAAUUGCUAAAAGACUUUAAAUCAACAGAUGAAAUUUUGAUUCUGAGAGGUACAAACGAAACAGACACUAUUAAAAAAAUACGUGAAAUUUUUAUUAACUCUCAAGAUAUUUCUAAAGAAGAUAUAUUACAAAGAAAUGAAGAAUCGGCUGUUUCCAUAUGCUGUGAAGAAGUUGGAGAUACAUUAAUUUCAAAUAUUUUCAAAGUAUUGACCCCUAAUGGAAAAUUAAUAAUCACAAAAGUAGAAGAUAAAGAACAGACAAAAUUAUAUCUUAUCACAAAAGGCUUUAUGAAUGUUCAAAUAUUAGAAGAAUGUAUAACUGCAAGUAAACCAAAUUUCAAAUCCGGAUCAUCAGCUCAAAUCAAACUUCCAAAAAAACCAGCUGUAUGGAAGCUAGAUGAUGAUCUAGAAGAUGAUGUUGAAACAAUAGAUCCUGAUGACUUAUUAGAUGAAGAUGAUAUGCAAAAGCCAGAUCCAACAAGCUUAAGAGUAUGUGCAACAACUGGAAAGCGUAAAGCUUGCAAGGAUUGCAGUUGUGGAUUAGCUGAAGAGCUAGCUAGUAAAGAUGUUACUACGAAAGAUACCCCUAAAUCAUCUUGUGGAAGCUGUUACUUGGGAGACGCAUUCCGUUGUGCUACAUGCCCUUAUUUAGGUAUGCCAGCAUUUAAACCUGGUGAGAAGAUUCAAUUAGUAGGGGAUCAACUCCAUGCUGAUGUUCAACUUUAG